AUGUCCCUCGCGCGGCUCACUCGUCGACUCGCCCCCCGGUCGUCUCCAGUCCACCGCCUCAUGAGUCACCUCGACGCCUCCGCCUCGGCAGCGGCUGUCCAUGCGCAGCUCGCGUCGCUUCAGGGACAGAGCUUUCUGUCCACGAUGCAGCUCGACAGCGCGCAGCUCUCGGGGCUCCUCGCCAAGGCGCGAGAGCUCAAGCGCGUGUACGCCGGCGCGGCCCACGCCACAGCGCCCAAGCCGCUCACGGGCGAGAGCUGCGCGAUGCUCUUCCAGAAGCGCAGCACGCGCACGCGGCUGUCGAGCGAGACGGGUAUGUACCUGCUGGGCGGGAAAGGCAUCUUCCUCUCGAGUGAAGACAUUCAAUUGGGCGUGAACGAGACGCUGCGGGACACGGCGCACGUGCUCUCGCGCUUCAACAGCCUCGUGCUAGCGCGCGUGUACGCGCACCGCGACGUCCAGGAGCUCGCCGACUUGGCGUCAGUGCCCGUGAUCAACGCGCUGUCGGACAAGUUCCACCCGCUGCAGAUGUUGGCCGACUACCUGACGGUGUACGAGCACUUUGGCAAGAUCGAGGGGCUCACGUUGGCCUGGGUGGGCGACGGCAACAACGUGCUGCACGACUACAUGCUGGCAGCGCCGAAGCUGGGCGCGCACAUUCGGAUCGCUACGCCGCAGGGCUUUGAGCCCGACCAGGACGUUGUGGACGAGACGAAGCGGCUGGCGGCCCUGGCCGGCACGACGGUGGUCAUGACGACGGACCCGGUCGAGGCCGUGAAGGGCGCGCACGUCGUGGCGACGGACACGUGGAUCAGCAUGGGCCAAGAGGAGGAGGCGAAAAAGCGCCUGGCCGCGUUUGCCGGCUACCAAGUCACAACGAAGAUGCUGGAGCAUGCGGCCGCGGACCACGUGUUUUUGCACUGUUUGCCCCGUCAUCAGGACGAGGUGGACGAUGAGGUGUUCUACGGACCUCGUUCGCUGGUCUUUGACGAGGCGGAGAACCGACUGUGGACGGUCAUGGCGGUCUUUGCGUCGCUGUUGGGCAAGUUCUAG